AUGCCGUCCAACACUGUCACCAACGCCACAGCCGCUGCAUUCAAAGGCUCAGACUUCACCGAUUCACCUGGAAGCAGAAUGGGGGAGAGCACGAUACUGGACAUGGACCUGAAGCCGGAGGAGAAGUCUGCUAACAGCAGUGCACCUUGCAAAAGUGGCAAGCCGGGAAGGAAGCGCAAGCAGUUUCCAGUUGAGAGCUGUGGCGCCCUCAAAGACGGAGUGGGCAACAGCUACCCCGGGUCGGGAAGGCCGUCCAUGGCGCAGGUCCACAACGGGGACAAGGGCGGGCGCAGAGACAGGACGUCAGACUCCUACUUCCCCAAACAGGAGAAGAGGGAAGUUGAGAACGGGAUCCCCAGAGGCCCUUCCUCCUGCCGGGCAGAGGACAGCUCCCAGGUUCAGAGCCCGAGCCCUUCCCAGGAGAACGGAUUCCUGGCCGGCCGUGAGGAGCCCGACUCCGAAAGAGACAACGACGGCCUGAUGACGCCGCACAAGAAAAGAGGGAGGCGGAAACUGGAACGCCCAACCAAAUAUGUGGAGCUCUCGGAGGAGGACGGGCCCGAUGCUGUCAAGACCGAGGCAGAGAAAAAGGCCAAACUGAUGUCAGCGAUGAACGCAAUGAAGGAUCACGAGGAGCCUGAAACAGAGAGCCAGAAAGAAGAGGUCUCAAUAAUAAAGCACCCACAGCCUUCGAAGCCACCGCCCCCUCCGCAGCAUCAGCAGCCGCCUCCGCCUCAGUCACACACUCAGUGUCCGUCUAAGCCUCAGUAUCAACAGCAAUCACAGCUGCCAAAGCAACAGAAGCAGCAGCAGCAGCAUCAGCAGCAGCAGCUGCCUCAGCAACAGCAACAGCAGCAGCCCACUGACCCAGCCUCCCCUACUGUGGCCACGACCCCCGAGCCUGUCGCCAUCGCAGGCGGAGACAAGACGUGCCCCAAGUCUGCAGACACUGAGCCCGAGUAUGAGGACGGUCGUGGGUUUGGCAUCGGCGAGCUGGUUUGGGGGAAGCUGCGAGGGUUCUCGUGGUGGCCCGGCCGCAUCGUAUCCUGGUGGAUGACGGGUCGGAGCAGAGCUGCCGAUGGAACCAGAUGGGUCAUGUGGUUUGGAGAUGGAAAAUUCUCAGUGGUCUGUGUAGAGAAACUCUUGCCUUUAAGUUCCUUCAACAAUGCCUUUCACCAACCUACUUACAACAAGCAGCCCAUGUACAAGAAAGCCAUCUACGAAGUGCUACAGGCAGCCAGCAGCCGGGCAGGCAAAGCCUUCAUGGCCUGUCCUGACAGUGAUGAGACGGAAACCUCCAAAUCAGUGGACAUGCUGAACAAGCAGAUGAUCGACUGGGCCAUGACAGGGUUUCAGCCCACUGGACCCAAGGCCUUAGAGCCACCAGAGGAGGAGCGUAACCCGUACAAAGAGGUGUACCCUGAGAUAUGGGCGGAGCCAGAGGCAGCGGCCUACACGCCUCCUCCGGCCAAAAAGCCUCGCAAAAGCGCAGUGGAGAAACCCAAGGUCAGGGACAUCAUCGACGAGAGGACACGAGAACGGCUUGUUCAUGAAGUGAGAGAAAAGUGCCGCAGCAUAGAGGACAUCUGUAUCUCCUGUGGAAGUCUGAACGUUAGCCGCGAGCACCCACUGUUCGCUGGGGGAAUGUGCCAGAGCUGUAAGAACUGCUUCCUGGAGUGUGCAUAUCAAUACGAUGACGACGGUUACCAGUCGUACUGCACGAUCUGCUGCGGAGGACGAGAGGUGCUCAUGUGUGGAAACAACAACUGUUGUCGGUGUUUCUGUGUGGAGUGCGUCGACCUCCUGGUCGGACAAGGAGCCGCCUGCGCUGCCAUCAAGGAGGACCCGUGGAACUGCUACAUGUGCGGUCAGAAGGGCGUGUUCGGUCUGCUGGAGCGCCGCUCCGACUGGCCCUGCCGCCUGCAGCUCUUCUUCGCUAAUAAUCACGACCAGGAUUUUGAUCCAGCGAAGCUUUACCCCCCACUCAUGGUGGAGAAGAGGAAGCCCAUUCGUGUCCUGUCGCUAUUCGAUGGCAUCGCAACAGGACUGCUGGUGCUGAGAGAACUUGGCAUCCAAGUAGAUCGCUACAUAGCCUCUGAAGUGUGUGAGGACUCCAUCACUGUGGGCAUUGUCCGGCAUCAGGGUCGCAUCAUGUAUGUUGGCGAUGUGAGGAACGUCACGCGCAAACAUAUACACGAGUGGGGUCCUUUCGACCUAGUUAUUGGAGGAAGCCCCUGCAAUGACCUUUCUAUAGUCAACCCUGCGAGGAAAGGUCUUUUCGAGGGCACCGGCCGCCUGUUCUUUGAGUUUUACAGGCUGCUCCACGAGGCUCGGCCGAAGGUCGGGGAAGAGCGGCCUUUCUUCUGGCUCUUUGAAAACGUGGUUGCCAUGGGCGUCAGCGAUAAGAGGGACAUCUCUCGCUUUUUAGAGUGCAACCCGGUGAUGAUCGAUGCUAAGGAGGUGUCCGCUGCCCACCGAGCCCGCUACUUCUGGGGUAACCUUCCUGGCAUGAACAGGUUGGUGUGUGAAUGGCCUUUGUCCGCGAUGUACAAUGACAGGCUGGAUCUCCAGGACUGUUUAGAACACGGCAGGACAGCUAAGUUUGGCAAAGUGAGGACCAUCACCACCAGGUCUAACUCCAUCAAGCAGGGCAAAGACCAGCACUUCCCCGUCUACAUGAACGAGAAGGAGGACAUUCUCUGGUGCACUGAGAUGGAGAGGAUCUUCGGCUUCCCGGUCCACUACACGGACGUGUCCAACAUGAGCCGACUGGCGAGGCAGAGGCUGCUGGGCAGGUCAUGGAGCGUCCCGGUCAUCCGCCACCUGUUUGCACCACUCAAAGAAUACUUUGCCUGCGCUUGAGCGGCUCGGGCGACUCACUCGGAACCAUUUAGAACUACAGCUGUCUAUUGUGACUAGAAAUAAGAGCCUUGAUCCUCAAGUCAUACCCUCGGUAUCACUUGAGAGCGAAACAUUGACGUAGAUUUCACAUUAUUUCUUGUAUUUGAAUUUUUAAUUCUUAUUCUAUUUAAUUUUGAUAUGUCAUUUUACCUUUUUAGCAGUGUUAUCAAGUAUUGUUGAUUUUGUUUGUGCAAGCUAUACUUGAGACUAUGCUUUCUUCUCACUGAGACAGAAAAGUGCUUAACACGUGUUUUUGUUUCAAACGAGACGCGACUGGAAACAUCGGGAAAGUGGUUUAGAGACGUGUGAAAUGUUUCUGCUGUGUGAGCGCGCUGUGCCGUGGUUGCGGGGUGGCGGGGGGGGCAGCGAGAUUCCCAGUGCAGCCGUGCUUCCAGCUACUGAGCCUCACAGAGAUAUGCGGGGAAGGCAAUUUGUCUUCAGUGUCAGGAGAGCGGUGUCUCUGAGAAUCCAAAACACCAGAUCACAUAUACCUCUUUGUUUACAGUUUCUAUUCACAACUGAAGGUAAUAAAAGGUACUACUGUAAUGUGGUUACAAUACCAUGGUGCUCCAAAAUGAUGAGACGCAUCAUAACCCAUGUGGCACUGCAACUUACGACAUUACGAAGCUCUUCAACCUGGUGCUGAAAAGAAAAUAGUUUUUACGCUUAGUGGAAAAGAAAUCUCAUUAGUUCACUUCGGAGGAAACAUGGUGCUGACGGAGAGUAGAAUGCAAAAUCACCUCUUUUCUGCGUUUUACAGCUUUUAUACUGUUUUUAAAUAUAGUGCUCGUUUAAUCGCUGGAUCUGCACAAACAGGAAGUGAAGCUAGCCACAUGGGAAAUGAUGUUUUCUGUCAUUCAAAGAAAGAAAAAAAAACUAUCUUCAGAUCAAAGUCUGUGGUGAGCUACUUUUUUCUAGUUUCAUCCUGACACAUGACAUUACUGUAGAGCUGUCUGCGAGCGUGGCGGCUGGAGGGGCGGGGGGGCGGCCAGGCCGGGUCGCCCUCCGCCUCCACCUCCGACGCCUCUAAACUGAAAAAACUGUCAGGUGCAAAAAUCCUCAACAACAUGGUGCGGCUUCACAAAGUUCUUCUACCGUUUUUAUAGCAAUUUUGUGCUGUUUUAUCAACAUUAUAAAGCACUUUUAUAUGUAUACUUUCUUUUUUUCUUGAUAUUUUUAUUUUUAAAAGACUAUUGGUUCUUGUGAAUUGUUUUUUGUUGUUUCGUUUCCUGAUGUGAACUGAUCUACCCUCGUGUAAUACUUUUUGUAUACAGUAGGGCUGUGCCAAUAGAAGUGAAAGAAUGGAUUUUGAUAUGUGAAACCCACGUUAUUUGACUCGGUGUACAGUAGAUGGAUCGAUAUUUGUAACCCCCCCGAACCCCCUUUUCCUUUUUCUCCUACCAUCCAUAUUGUUGACUUGCUCUAAAGCAGCGAUGCAAUAUGUUUCUCCCCGGUUUCAAAGAAUGUGUACUUUCUGUUAAGAUUGUAAAAUGUGCGACCGGAGUUCCAGAACUCUGUCGUGUGCUUUGUGUAAUAUUUUGUCCCCCAUGAAGGACAGCUGGCCUCCGCCGCUUCCCUGAUGAAUCGUAGUCGCCAUGUUGACAAAUUUAAGUGCUGAUCCAAAUUUGGAUUCUCAAACUAAAUUCUCUUGAUUGUAACCUUCUCGGGCUGAACUAUGGAGGAUUUAGGCUUCGGUUUGUCAAAACGAAAAACUGACACAGUGUUUGACGAAGACACUCAAAGAAUAAAGAGGAUAAUAGAGACAGAUGCUAUCGCUUAAUCUAUAUCAUAUUUAAGAUUCAAAAUUUGAAAUUUAAUUUCUUAAUGUAAUUAAUUUCUUAAGUGACCUUAUUGCUAUGAAUUUUGUUCCGAGCAUACCGGGCUCAAUAUGAGCCUCCAUGCUUUCCGAUAUUUUAACCAGAUGUUAUUCCCCCCCUCCCUCCUGACGUAGUAAUUAACAUCCCCUCAUGUUUGUACAUUUUGUACAUAGAGUUGUCCGGCUGCUGUUUUUUUUUUUUUUUACGUAUGAGAUGUACAAAUAUAAUUCUUUGCUAAUAUAUAUCAUCGAAUUAGAGAAAGAAAUAUUAGAAAAUCAAUUUGAUUCAAAACUUGCUCUGAGCAUUAGAUAGAGGGAGACUCCAAGUCAACUUUUUUCUUUUUUUUUCUUACUGAUUUGUUUUAUCAAGUGAAUCCAGAUUUAAUGUGGUGUGAUCUUAAUAGUGGCCUAUGGACAGCUUUAAGACGAACGGUUUCCACUUCACUGCACAGCCCUACAUGGUGGUGUUUUUAGCUUCUGUUUCCUUUGUAAGAAUAAAAAAAAAAAAGAGGGAUUGUAGGUGUUUCCGAUGGUGCUAAACAUUUGAUCUAAUCAAGACAAAUAUAUUUGAUUGGAAGAGAAAUAAACACACGUCUCGACAAUGACUGUUUUAAAGUUCCUUGUAGUAACGGAAAAAUAACUAUUUCACUCAUAUAAAUAUAUUAACAAAGGCAUUUUAACUUUGUACUUGAAAAAAUAAGGAUAACAAAUAAUGAAAGGUCUCCUAUAUUGUUUUAGACUAGAGAUUGCUGUAGUUGGUGCUUAUCUGUGGGAAAAAAUCGUGAGAAAAAAAAAGCGGUAACUUUUACUGUAGCAUAAUGUACGCUUAAUACGCAUCGCUUCUUAAUCCUACAUUCCAUGCUGUAAUAUUCUCCAUGUCUGUUUUUCAAGAUGUUGUUUUGAGUCGAUGAUCUUUUUUUUGUUUGUUUUUAUUUGUUUUUUUAAAUCAGAAACAACAUUUAAUUUUUACUGUUCAAGGCAGGUCAAUAAUUCUAUAUCCAGUGACACUGUUGACGCCCUGUGUGACUUUGUUUCCGUCAUAACUGUUUUAUGGCUCCUCCACUUUUUUCCUCAAGACCAGUUCGUUCAGCAGAUGUAGCAGCAGUCAUUCUCCACUUUGAACCCCUCAUACUUCUGUUUAGUGUCCAGAGAGAAGAUAAAGGCUCCGUAUGUACUUGUGCUGGAGAACACUUGAAUAAAUGUAUUGUUUUUGUGCA